CUCCUCUCGUCUCCCACCCACCUCCGAUCCCAUCCCUCCAAAACCCUAACCCACACCCACACUCCUCCUUCCUCGGCUCCUCGCGGCCGCCACCUCCUCCCCGUCGCGCAGCGGCGCCCACCGCGUCACCUGCCGGCCGCCCUCGCGGGUGGCUGCGUCCACGGCGACGACGGAGGACACGGUCGGUCGUCUCCCUAUCCGCCUCUCUCCCUAAUGCCAUACCCAAUCCACCGCCAUCCUCUUCCCAGUGACCUCCAACCUCAUCGCCGGCAGCCCCUCCCCUUUCCUCCUAGAUCGACUCGAGCUGCUCAUGUCGUGGCCAGAUCUGGUAGGAACUCCCUCCCUCCCACCUCGUUCUGCAUCCCGGUAGUGAUGGCGCAGUCCGGCAACAGCGACGCCGCUCCGAUCAGCACCCAGCCCGCGGCGGAGGAGGUGACGGUGGAGAGGAUGCCCGAUGAGGAGGCGGCCAGGCUGAGGCACCUCGAGUUCGUGCAGCAGGCGGCGGCACAGGCGGUCGUGCUGGCGGCCACGGCCUAUGCCUACGCCAAGCAGGGCGCCGGCCCACUCCUCCCUGGCGUCGACCACGUCGAGGGGACGGUCAAGGCCGUCGUCGGCCCCGUCUACGACCGCUACCACGCCAUGCCGCUCGAUCUCCUCAAGUUCCUCGACCGCAAGGAAGAAGCUGCUGCUGCAGGUUUAUGGCACUUGCAGGGACAACACAAAUUCCAUCUUUUUUUUUCUUUGUUUUGAUUGAUGUGCAUUCAUUACCAAUUCCUGAGGAUGAUUUGUGUUCCUCAUGGCGAUUAGUCUCGGACGCUACAAGCUAUUCUCUGUUGUGUGGUAUAUCCUGAUUGGUGGCAUUCUAUGUGCCAACUUAUCCUGGAAAUGACACAUACAUUCAUAUGCAGUCCUCUGUUAUUUUUCUUUUCUCUGUGUUAAAUGAUCUAAAUGUUCGAACCAAAUGAUCUCAUAGUUUGAAUGCACCAUCGUUUUGCAUAACCUCGGUACAUUUACAUGCACACGCAUACACAUUUGACUGCUGAGUGUUUGAAUUAUUAGAAUGUGGGGGUUGGUCUGCUUAUUCCCAUGUUCUUAAGUUUUGUGUAUUUAGACUGUAACUCUUAAGAUAUCAUUGUAGCUGUAAGUAGACUGCAAGUUACCAGCUGAGUUUUGCUCCGUUGCACAGCAGUAAAUGCCUCUGCAAACAUGAUACUAUAUAUUUGCAUGUCAUAGUCAGCAGUUAGCGUGUGAAAAUGAAGUGAACCAUCAGCUAUGUUAUAUCUGUAGCUCGGCUCCGCACAUGUUUUUGUUUUGUUCUCAGUCUAAUUGUGGUGUGCCUUUGUGAAUUAAUCCAGUAGAUGCUUGAAAAUGAAUUAAUCCAGCUGAGUUUACUGUAGUAUUUCGGUAUGCACUCCUGAACAAGUUAAUGCUGUAUUUUGGUAUGUACUGAUGUACAUGUUUAAUGUGGUGUUUUGGUAUGUACUGCUGAGUUCAUAACCAUUUUGUUUUACAAC